CAUAGGGGCUGACUCAGCCCAUUCUCGGGCCCAGAACCUUCCCCGUGUUAGACCCUGGGGCCUUUGUCCCUGUAGUCAUGAGGCCUGGGGGGGUGGGGACAGUGUUGAUAAAAGGUGCCAGGGGCAGCUCCCACACCCUUCCUCACAGCUGCUGCCCACAUGCAGGCCCGGACACAGCCCCUGGCCCAGGCGCUGCCUUUCUCCCCCAGAGGGGCCCUGCGAGACGCUGGGCUCUGGGUGCCUGUUGUAAAGAUGGGCACCAGGUGGGAGGGCCUGCAGCGCACCCUGAGGGCGGUUGCCUACGUCCUCCUCUGCUGCUGGUGUGUCAAGGAGCUGCUGGAUUAAUGGCAGCAGGAAACGCCUCUUUCAGUGCCAAGCUCCACCCCCAUCAAGACUCCCAGGGCCAGCUGCGUGUGACCAAGGAUGGGCCACACACGAGGAGUGAAGUGUGGAUCCAGCUUUGGGUCGGUGCCAUCUGUGUCAGACCCGCCUCAUCUCCGGGCCUCCAUUUCCAGCCCCCGCCUCUGGUGCGCGGGACCUUGGCCUGCUGGCUAGGACCCUCAUGAGACUGCAGCGGGACCUGGCACUUCUCCAAGCCUGGCACAGUGCGCCCACCGGCCCAGAUGGCUGACCUUACCAUAUCCUCUGAGUGCCAGGAAGGGGCUGCCCCCUAACAUCUCUGUUUGAGAACCCCUGAGCU